AUGGCUACAGCCGGAGAGGUCGAGCCUAAGAUCCACGACCCGCAUACGGUCGGGAAUAACCAGGCUAUUCUCAACGAGAAAAAAGACUCGACUUCUGAUCUUGAGCACCAACACGCCGAGAACCCUACCGCGAAUGCGAACAACGCGGCUGACCGCGAGCACUUCGAGAAGUACGGCACGUAUGAGAAAUAUGAGAUCACCGAAGAGGACUGCUACGAGGAGCUUGGCUUCUCGUUCCCCAACUGGAAGAAAUGGUUGAUUCUCUCAAUUGUUUUUCUCGUGCAAGUCAGCAUGAACUUCAACACGUCGCUCUACAGCAACGCAGUCGGCGGCAUUUCCAAAGAGUUCGGUGUCAGCGCCCAGGCUGCCCGUCUUGGUGCUGCGCUUUUCCUGAUCACAUACGCUUUCGGCUGCGAGCUGUGGGCGCCUUGGUCUGAGGAGCUCGGACGAUGGCCUAUCCUCCAGCUCAGUUUGUUCUUUGUCAACAUCUGGCAAAUCCCCGUCGGCAUUGCGCCCAACUUCGGAACGAUUCUGGCGUUCCGUUCGCUCGGUGGUCUGUCUACCGCUGGUGGAUCGGUCACGCUUGCGAUGGUGGCUGAUAUGUGGGAGGCGAAUGAGCAGCAGUACGCUGUGGCUUUUAUCGUCUUCUCUUCAGUCGGUGGCUCCGUCCUCGGUCCCAUUGUGGGAGGCUUCGUCGAGCAGUUCCUUGCCUGGCGCUGGAACAUCUGGAUCCAGCUCAUCUUCGGAGGCGCUGUUCAGAUUGCCCAUGCUCUCAUCGUACCCGAAACCCGUACAACCGUCCUCAUGGACAGGAUCGCGAAGAAGCGCCGCGCGGAGGGCGAGAAGAAUGGCAAGCCGGUGAACAUCUGGGGGCCCAACGAGCUCAGGACCUUCAAGGAACGCUUCAACCCGCGUGAGAUCCUCACCACCUGGAUGCGACCAUUCCGCAUGUUCUUGACUGAGCCCAUUGUUCUGGUCUUGUCGCUGCUUUCCGGUUUCUCUGAUGCCAUCAUCUUCAUGUUCCUCCAAUCAUACGCUCUAGUGUUUGAGCAGUGGGACUUCGCCGUCUUCUCCAUUGGCCUCGCGUUCUGUGGUAUCGGUGUCGGUUACUUCAUUGCAUGGGCCAGCUUCAUCCCCGCCAUUAAGCGCAACGAGCGACUCCGACGUGAGCGACCUGGCGAUGAGCAGGCUCAGUACGAAUCCAGACUCUGGUGGCUUCUUUAUACCGCGCCAUGCCUGCCCAUUGGACUCAUCAUCUUCGCCUGGACGUCGACUGGCCCGCCAAUCCACUGGAUGGGACCUAUUAUUGGCAGCGCUAUUAUCGGCAUCGCCAACUACGCGAUCUACAUGGCCACCAUCGACUACAUGAUUUGCGCCUACGGGCCGUACAGUGCCUCAGCGACCGGCGGUAAUGGCUGGGCACGUGACUUCUUGGCUGGUGUGCUCACCCUUCCCGCGACCCCGUUCUUCAAGAACAUCGGCGGCAAGAACCAUUUGGCCAACGCAUCCACCAUUCUCUUCUGCAUUUCUGUUUUGCUCGUCAUCUCGGUCUACGUCAUCUACUGGAAGGGUCCGGUCAUGCGCGCUCGCAGUCCUUUCGCCCAGCAGCUCAGCUCUGCGCGCAACGAGACUGGCGGUAGGAGAGUCAGUGCGUUGCCCGGCAUCUACGGUUCAAGGCAGAACUCGGUUACUGGUUCGAUGCCUACUUCGAGGCGUGCCUCCGCAACUCGUGCGCAGGCUGGUGAGCACAGGCAUCACACUGCGGAUGGCAUGCGGAAGAUCAACCAGAAGGAGAACUCGCAAGUACCUGCAGGUAUUGAGCAGCAUUGA